AUGUCACGGCAGGGUGAAGGGCAGCUUUUGUACCAUCCUCAUCCUUCUUCUCAUCCGCCGUCUGCGCCAGCGUGGAGAGAAGACGGUGGUGCAACCACCAGCACCGCCAACUCGGGUUUCAUCUCAAAUUCCUCAUCUACCUCUCGCGCGUCUCCCGUCUCAUCGUCGAAUCUCCAGAGACAAGCUGGGCCAGAUCCCCGCUCGCUGCAGCACAAACCCAUUCCCAGCCCGCUUCAAACUUGGGAAUCCUCCAUCUCGCCCGAAAAUUCCCCGGCACAAUCGCCCUUUAACGACACAAGGAGGAGGAGGAGGAGCUCCCCCAGAACGGAAACCACGAAUCUGUCUUCCUUGCCGGGUACAAAUUCGUCUGGAAAAUCACACGGCUCCGAAAAGGGAACGCAUGUCCUGGACCCGACCCCACGGGUCACGGCUAAUGCAUCGACAUCUACGCCGCACAACGACAUACCUCCCGCUGGCGCUACGCCCUCCAGGUCUGUUAAUUACGCCUCCCUCCGCCAGUUGUCGAAUCCUCUUCCUACGUCUCGGCCCACUGAAGGCUCCUCGCACUCCUCACCAACAAUGAGUCCGACCGGCUCAAAGAGCCCGACGGAGCUAAAGCCUCUGCCGAGAACAUCCUCGAUCGAUUCCGCCAUUUCUUCGCUGUCGUCGCACUCUCACAAGCAGUCGCAGGAUCCAGUCUCAUUUAAGCCUGCCGAUAUUGCGAAUCUUAUCGCAACGGCGGGGUCUGCAGAAGCCGUCAUCCAACAUCUUCUCAAGGAAAAACAAUCUUCGGCCUCUCAGAAUUCCCAGUUAUGGCGCUUGGUGGAUAAGCAGAGAACAAUGAUUCUGGGAUUGAACAAGGACCUCGAACAAGCCUUGAAGGACAAGGAUCGGUAUAGACGAAAGGUGAAGGAAUAUUUGGCCGAGCUUUCCCGUCCAUCAAACGGAGCUUCCUCCAAAAACUACAAGGACCAACCAAGAGACGCGCCAGCGACUGAGGCCAUUUCUCCCGAACCGGUUCAACAUCAAAACCUUGUGCCGUCUCAAUCGAGCAAUGUUCGAGAUAUCGUCUCUGGAAAUUUAAGAGCGUCCACUGCUAGUGCAUUUGAUGUACUGGAUGAGCCACGCACCAAUUCAUCAAUGCCGGCUCACGCUGAGCUCACGACGAACACCCCGCUCCAGUCGCCGCGCGAAAACGAUGGUGUCCAGGUCGGUGCAGCGUCGAAUCCGCCAGCAUCUACCAGUGGUUUCAACGGUGGAAACGAUAUCAAAUCGCCGACUGGCUUGAGUCAGUCUCCCUCGUCUCGACAGCAGCAAGCUGGAGCCAUGUCUCCAAACAGUUUUACGGCAAAACGUUCUCUGCCUUCGAUGCAUCGACAUGUGGGCUCGCCCUCCCAAGAAAGUAUACCGUCAAGUCUCCGAGGAGAGCACAAUGAGAAGAUUCCUCACCCGCAAAGAAAGGCGCCCCCAGCGCCUUUGAAUCUGAGAAAGUCGUCCCGGUCUAGCCCGUAUUCGCAACAAGUUGGUCCGGAAGACCAUUCGGGAUCUGAAUAUGAUGAUGUAGAAGAGGUGGAUGAAAUCCCUGCUUUUGAACGGGGCAGGCGAAAGACGCGCGAGGAUGACGAUAGAGAUCGAGCAGCCGUCGCUCUCACAGAGCGGGAGCACCGCAGUCGCUCGAAGCGCGAAAAGGCUGCCAAGCCUGUCAAGGCUAGCACGCAAGCUCCCAAGGAUGAGAAAACCGGAUCAAAACCUCAACCUUCGCAUAAACAAAGCGCGAGCGACGGUUUCGUCGCACAAAUAGAACAGAACCCGUUUGCUCCGUCUAGCUCUAUGCACAGCGCCCCCAGAGCCGUGCAAACGGCUGAGCGACGCUUCAUCUCACUUCCGCCAAUGAGUCCAGGUCUUCCAAAUAGUCCUCGCCCAGUUGACAGGCCGAUGAAUUCGCCGAUGCCCCGUAUGCCGAGGGAAGGGACCAGUUUUUCUGCUUUGGUGUCCCCUCCAAUGUCACCACGACAGGGUUUCCCCGGCUUGCCUCUAUCUCCUCGGGCGCCUAGACAACCCAUUCCUUUACCGCCAAAUACACCCAUGUCGUUGGCAUCUCCUGGGCUUUACAGAGAAGAAGGGCCUUGGCGACAACCUCCGUCCAGCCUUUCUCGUCAGGUGAAACCGGCAUUGGCUGUUGACAGCAGUGUAGCCAAUACUACACCGGAUCUCUCAACGCCGAGAUCCGCCACUUCUCAAGUAAUCUACCGCGGCCUCAUGUCGGAACAGUAUCCAGAUUUAUUGGUGCCUCCUGAAGCGCUCGUCGCCGUCGAUGUUCGAGCGGCUUCGUCCAGGUUGAGACCUUCUCGUCAUAGCUACCUGGGUGCAAAGCCAGCCGAAGAAGAUCAAGUUUUUACGCUCGGCGUCUACUCCGUCCCCGGCGCAAUGGAGCUUUGGAGGGUUGAAAAAACUCUCAUGUCUCUUCUGCAGCUGGAUAAGCAAUUGAAGAAAUGGUCAGAUCUCAAAGCGCUUGUUCCAGACAAGAACUUAUUCAGCGGCCACGCCCCCUCUAGAAUCGAUGCCCGACGGACUGCUCUCGACGCAUACUUUCAUUCAAUCAUGAGAACGGCAUUUGAUGAACCUGCGGCUCUCUUACUCUGCACCUUUUUGUCCACUGAUGCGAUCGAUAGACAUGGUGAGGAGACCACGGUCAUUGGAGAGACUGCUACAGACGGACCCUUGUCACCGCUGAGCCCCGUCCGAUCUCUAAAGGAAGGGUAUCUCACGAAGAAAGGAAAGAACUUUGGCGGUUGGAAGGCUAGAUAUUUCUGUCUUGAGGGGCCAGUUUUGCGAUAUUACGAGACUCCUGGUGGAGCGCAUUUGGGAACAAUCAAGCUACAUCGUGCCCAGAUUGGAAGGCCAUCCCAACUGCAUCCCGGUUCGUCGCCGUCACUUGCCACUGAUGAGGGCGAUGGAGAAUAUCGUCACGCCUUUCUCAUUCUCGAACCCAAGCGCAAGGACUCAGCCAGCUAUGUGCGACACCUCCUGUGCGCUGAAAGCGAUGCAGAGAGAGAUGAAUGGGUUCACACCUUACUGCAAUACGUUGAUACGGCAAAUUUCAAUGAUGGUGCGAGCAGGCCCAGCAUUUCCCAAAACGAUUCCGGAUCUCUCCAUACGUCAGACUCAAAGACGUCUCCACUAGGCAAGGAGGAUCAAGCAGGCAAGGAAAGCCCGAGCAUUGAGAGCUCCAACACGCUGCGGAGCCUGAAUUACGAUGACACCGUAGCGGCUGAAGCUCCUGUUCGAGGGCCAUCGGUGGUGAGGUCAGAAGAUACAUCUUCUACUCCGUCUCCCACUAGCUCUAUAUCGCAGCCUGGGGCUGUUCACCAGUCUUCUGUACACAUUUCUGGCCCUACCAAUGGCUCGGUGAUUCAAGACGUGGGUGCAUGGGGCAAUUUGCCAGCAGCUCCCAUUGCUGCCAAAGAAAAGGAAUAUAAGAAGCGGAGCAUCUGGGGCUUCAAGGGGCGAUCGUCAACAGAACUCGGAAGUCAGGCGAGUCUUGGGAACAGUGUUUCGGGUGGAAGUCUUUCGCAGCAGACACACCCAGAUCGCUCUCAUCCUGUCAGAGCAGUCUUUGGCAUUCCACUUGCCGAGGCAGCCGAGUAUUGCAAGCCACAUAACGUUGACGUGAAUCUGCCCGCCGUUGUUUACAGGUGCUUGGAGUAUCUUGAAACUGAAGGCGCGGCAAAUGAGGAAGGGAUUUUCCGAGUUAACGGUUCGAAUGUUGUUAUCAAGGCCUUGCGGGAACGCUUCAACACUGAAGGAGAUGUAAAUUUUCUUGCCGAGGAGCAAUACUACGAUAUCCAUGCAGUGGCAUCACUGCUGAAGCUCUAUCUCCGGGAAUUACCAGCAACGGUCCUCACACGUGAACUUCAUUUGGAUUUUCUUCAUGUUUUGGAACUCGAUGACAAGGAACAAAAAGUUGCAGCGUACAAUUCGCUUGUGCAUCGACUACCAAGUGCCAACUGGAAUUUGCUCAAGGCGCUGUCUACAUUCCUCUUGCGAAUUACAAAUAAUUCAGAUGUCAACAAGAUGACUGUUCGUAAUGUUGGGAUUGUGUUUUCUCCGACUCUCAACAUUCCGGCACCAGUGUUUUCAAUGUUCUUGACGGAAUUUGAUCGUAUCUUUGGCGACGAGGUUGACCAGAGCGCGUCUCCUGUGAUUGAGAUUACUGGAGCGCCAAGUCUAACGCCCGAUGAGAUUCGAUCUCCUCGCCGCCAGAUGUUUUCUGACCUUCCCACACCUUCGUAUAAUCAAACGGCGUUUUCGGGGCAUGAUCGCUAUUAUGAGCACCAAGGGCAGGACCCACGCGGUGUAUAUGACACCGGCUUUGUUCCAAUGAAACAGGCUUAUGAUCAGUCAUUAUAUGGGCAAUCUAGCUUUCCUCAGGCUCCGACCGGGUCCCAAUCUCUGUCUGGGACAGAGUUUGGAUCCCUUAACGAAGCCUUGGCACCAAGCAAUACGCGAGAAGCCAAGGCGAGGCGCCGAGAAAGCACCAUGAUAAUGAUGGGGAUGGGUCAACGAAAAGAUUCCUUGCCCAGCUUGAGGGAAGACUCUGCUUUAAUUUAA